AUGAUUUACUCCACACUGCAAACAUUACAUAGUCUCCUCCUGAGUAGUAAACAUGUCUCUCUUGGCUGUCUCUUGUUGCCUCGCUCUUCUGGUGGGUCAGGCCUUCGGAGCUGGGUAUCAUGAGGACAUCGGCAUCCCUGAGGCAUCCAGGAUCCGGUUGAAGGAGGCCCAGCGAGCCAGUGAGAGGAUCAGCGGAGGAGUAGCCUCCAACUAUGGUGACAACCCUUACCUGGCUGGUAUCCUGAUAACUCUGCGGUCUGGUCAGAUGUCUGUGUGCAGUGGUACUCUGGUGUCCACCAAGAAGGUGCUGACAGCUGCCCAGUGCUGGUACGAUGGUUACAACGUCGGCAGGAAGGCUGAGAUAACGUUAGGUUCACUUCAGCUAUUCUCUAGCAGCAAAUGGGAGGUAUUGGGAGUGACCGUACAUCCGGAGUACAAUCCUAACAAUUUGCUGAACGACCUGGCUAUGAUGACUCUCCGAUACUCCGUUUGGCAAAGCAAUAACUUGAUGCCCGCAUUUCUCCCGAACAACACUGACUACGAUUUCGCCGGCGAAGAGGCGCGCGUGUCGGGAUACGGGAAGACUAGUGAUUAUGACGAGUUGAACCCCAACACCAACCAACAGUCCCUGAUAGUGAAGGUGAUGGGUCCGUGGGAGUGCUACUGGAGCAUGGCGCGCCGGCCUGCAGACUCCAGCAAGGUCAUGUGCACCCCCGGCAGCGUCCUGUGGGGGACCUGCGGCGCCGACCUCGGCGGCCCGCUCGUCGUACCCAACUUUAACGCCACGGGAAACCAUCUGUUGAUUGGAGUAGUAUCGAUCCAGUCUCCCUUCGGCUGCUACUCAUCAUUCGCGACCGGAUACACUCGCGUCACGGCCUACAAGAAGUGGAUUGAGCAGAACUUGUAAAUUAAUAGAGUAUCAUAUUACAGAUACUGUAAAAAGGGGUGAAUAGAAGCAGAAGAGGGGUGAAUAGGGUCAAAAGAGGGGUGAAUAGGGACAAGAGGGGUGAAUAAAUACUAUCAAAGUCAAAGUCAAAGCAUUUAUUUCAAUUUAUCCUAAAUUAGACAUUUUUGAAACGUCAAAUUGAAUUGUCCGUCAGUGAAGCUAGGCGCUCGUUCCAAAGUGUUGCUUCGAAUGGAGAAGAACGAGCAAGAAACUCCAUCUUUACUCUUUUUAAAAAAAUGUUUGUUACUAUAUCUCUGAUAUAUUAUUUGAUCAUUUACCUAUUGUAUACAUGCCGUAUAUAGGAACAAUGUAGGUAACGGCAAUACAUCGAAUAUGAAGAUUUCCCCUGUACCUAUUCACUUCUCGAUCCCUAUUCACCCUAUUCAUCCUAUUUUACCUACCUAGGUAAGCGUCCACAGGCCCGCAUCGUACGCAUCGCACGCAACGGAUUCUAGUUUGUCUUUAACGACAAGAAAUUCUGAACCUUACUGUGGAUUUUUUAAAAAUCUUUAUAUCUUAAUGCAGUAUCUAUAAUAUGUAGACUUUAAUUUUAUUAUAACUUUCGUGUAACAUACUAAACUAAUUAUUAUGUUAUCUGCUUACUCACGUAACUGUUUGACGAGGAACUCGACUAGUUUCAAGCCAUGCUAGAGACUCAUAUUCAUGAGCAGCAUUCCGCGACACACGACGCGGCGAUUGUCGCGCUGCUACUGGCGACUCGAGUUUCGCGCCCAUCGCGCCCUCUGUCUGGAAUCAUGCGUACAUUCCACGAUGUUGGCUCGUAGGUGUUGGGUUUGAUUAUCGGGUCGACGCAAAAACGGUGUUAAUAUGGACUCAUGAAUAUGAGCCUCUAGCAUGGCUUGAAACUUGUAGAGUUCCUCGUCAAACAGUUACGUGAGUAAGCCGAUAACAUAAUAAUUAAUUUAAAAGACUUGGCUAUGUAUAAAAGGACAUGAAACUAUAUUUUAAUUAACGUUUUCAAACUUUCUAUUUCCAUUUUGCAAUAUGGCUGAUAAGAGAACUGUCAAAUUCAAAUUUUCUUUCUUUUUUUGUUCGAAAUUACGUUUUAUUUCUUUUUAAUUUGUUUUUUAGUGAAAUCAUGUAAAUUAAUCAAUUUUAUUAUAACAUAUUAAGGAAUCAUAAUAAAUUAUUUCAUUGAGUAAAA